UAAAUGUUUUAUUUUCUUGCGAAUUUUUUUGAAUGAAAGCUGUCUUGAAAUGUUUUCGCCCCCUGGUUGUCGCACACAGAUGCUACUGCGCUAAUCCCGGCCAGCAGAUGAAGUUCCUCAACGUGGCGGAGAAGAACGAUGCCGCCAAAACAAUUGCCGGUUUGUUGUCCAAUGGCGCAGCUCGAAGGCGCGAGGGCUACUCGGUGUACAACAAGGUCUUCGAUUUCGAGGCGCCGGUGCGUGGCCAGAAUGCCAAAAUGGUCAUGACCUCCGUUUCCGGCCACCUGAUGCAGCUGGAGUUCCAGGUGUCGUACAGAAAUUGGCGCGUGGUGGAUCCGCGCUCCCUGUUCGAUGCGCCGAUCAAGAAGUCCGUGGGCCCGGACUACGAGCCCAUCAAAAGGACCCUGGAGCGCGAGGUGCGCGGCUGUCAGGGGCUGAUUGUCUGGACGGAUUGCGAUCGCGAGGGCGAGAACAUUGGCUACGAGAUAAUCAAUGUGUGCAGGGCCAUCAAACCGAAUCUCACGGUCUACCGUGCCACCUUCUCGGAGAUCACCACAAUUGCAGUGCGCCGGGCUCUGCAGCAGCUGGGCCAGCCGGACAAAAGGCAGAGUGAUGCCGUGGAUGUGCGCUCCGAACUGGAUCUGCGGACAGGAGCGGCCAUCACCCGAUUCCAAACGAUGCGCCUGCAGCGCCUCUUCCCCGAGAAGAUCGCCGACAAGCUCAUAUCGUAUGGGAGUUGCCAAAUUCCCACUCUGGGAUUCGUGGCCGAGCGCUACAAGGAGGUGGAGGCCUUUGUCUCCGAGCCCUUUUGGAAGAUUAAGGUCCUGCACACCAUUGAUGACCUGACGGUGGAGUUUAAUUGGGCCCGAAACCGUCUGUUCGACAAGGAGGCCUGUGAGAACUACCUCCUACUCUGCUUGGCCGAGCCAGCUCCUCGGGCGCUGGUCGAAAGCGUUACCGUGAAGCCCAAGCACAAAUGGCGGCCCACUCCGCUGGAUACGGUGGAAAUGGAAAAGCUUGGCUCAAGGAAACUUAAGCUCUCGGCCAAGGAAACAAUGACCAUAGCUGAGAAACUGUAUAGCAAAGGUUUCAUCAGCUAUCCCCGCACGGAAACCAACCAGUUCUCCAAGGACUUCGCUCUAGCGCCGCUCGUUGAGAUGCAAAUGGGUCACCGCGACUGGGGAGCAUUUGCCCAAAGGGUAAUUGAGUGGGGCCCGAAUCCUCGCAACGGCAAUAAAUCGGAUCAGGCGCAUCCUCCCAUUCAUCCGACUAAAUUAGCGGACAAUUUACAGGGAAACGAGGCUCGUGUGUACGAACUGGUGGUGCGACACUUCCUCGCCUGCGUCAGCAAAGAUGCCGUCGGCUCGGAAACCCUAGUUCACAUUGACAUUGCCGGCGAGAAGUUCACCGCAAAUGGUCUGGUUAUUCACGAACGCAACUACCUGGACGUUUAUGUGUACGACAAGUGGAGCGCCAAGCAGAUUCACCACUACGAGAACGGUCAGCGCUUCGAGCCCACGGAGGUGUCGCUGCACGAAGGAGCCACCACUGCGCCGCCCUUGCUGACCGAAGCGGAUCUGAUUGCACUGAUGGAGAAGCAUGGAAUUGGCACGGAUGCCACGCACGCUGAGCACAUAAAUACGAUCAAGGAACGCGGCUAUAUCGGAGUGCUGGACAAGGGCUUCUUGGUGCCUGGCGUUAUUGGAAUGGGUCUGUACGAGGGUUACGAUGCCAUGGAACUGGCCCUUGCCAAGCCGCAGCUGCGCGCGGAGUUUGAAUCGGAUCUGAAACUCAUUUGCCAGGGGCAGAAGGAUCCCAAGGUCGUGCUGACCGAACAGAUUGCCAAGUACAAGCAUUCGUACCAGCAGAUUACCGACAAAAUCACCGCCAUGGACGCCAAGAUAGCGGCUCGAAUCAAUGAGACGCCUGCCGCGAAUUCUUCGGGUCCCGAAGGAUCCGAUCAGAACCAAGCCACAAUGCAAACGCUCUUCCAGUGCCCCAAAUGCAAUGAGGCGCCGCUGGCACUGAAGGCCAAGAAGAACCAGCAGGGCUGGUUCAUUGGCUGCAACAAUUUUCCGGACUGCAAAAACGUCGUGUGGAUGCCAGCGGAGUGCAAGGACGUCUCGGUGCUGGAUGAGUGCUGUCCUAAUUGUGGAGAUGGCCACCGAAUGCUCAAAUUCCGCCUGAGCACGCCGUACUAUCGCGGCGUAUUCAAUACACCCCACGGUUGGUACAAGACCUGCCUGCCCUGUGAUAAUCUCUUUCGGACCACUUUCAACAUUAAUUUGGAUUCAGUGAAGAGAGUGGGUGGCAUUGUGGGCGAGGCCAGAGGUGGAGGAUGGGGUCCUGGACCGGGAGGAGGAGGAGGAGGAGGUGGUGGAGGUGGCUCUGGAGGAGGAGGUGGUGGUGGUGGUCCUGGAGGAGGAGGUGGUAGCUCUGGAGGAUGGGGUAGUGGCAGUAGCGCGAGUUCCGGAGGUGCUCGGAAAAAUCCGCCACCAGGAAAAGGAAAUAAAACCGACAGCGGACCUAAAAAACCAGCCACCAAGAAACCAUCAAGCGAACCUAAGCCAAAAAAGGCACCGAAAACCACUGUCAAUAAAAAUCCAACCACAAAAUCAUCCGGGAGACGCAGCUACUUUACCAGUGCAACCAGCACCAACGAACUAGAUGGAUUCUUCGAUAGCAACGAUGGCUUCGAGGAUGCCAUGUUGGCUGCUGCUGACUCCGUUAAAUCGAGCACAAGUCAACCCAAAAGCGCCAACUUGGUUCCCCUGGAUGACGACAUAGCCGCCGCCUUUGCCGCGGACGAUGAUGCGGAAUUCGAGGCGCUGGUGAACGGAGGGAAUGUGCAGUCCGAUAUGGAUAAAAGUCUCACGCAAUGGGUGCAGGAGCACGACGCGGCGGAUGAUAGACCCAUGGUGUGGGGAAGCAGGGAACGCGCCUCCUUGGGUACUGCUGCUCCCACUCCUCCACCGAAACCGGCAGCCAAACGACCGAGGUGGGAUAGUGCCGAAUGGGAUACGCCAUCCGCAACGGCAGCCGAGCCGGAAACAGUGCUUUGCACGGGAUGCCAGCAGCCAGCUCGCCAGAACACCGUUCGCAAGGAUGGACCCAACCAGGGCAGGCUGUUCUACAAGUGUCCCAAACCGGAUGAGUGCAACUUCUUUCAGUGGGCCGAUGAGCCAGCAUCCUCAACCGCUCGGAGCACUGCCAGCUCUUCCUCCUGGGGCACCAAUCGAGUGGUUACUCUUCCCAGUAUUCAGCAGGGCAAUUCACAGCGUGGCCAAUCUUCAAUGCGAUCAAACUCCAGCAGCACUGUCACCAUUACUCAAACCAAAACGAAAAAGAACGAUAGGAGUUCGGCGACCACUUCUCAAGGAGAUGGAGACCAGGUGAUGUGCAACUGCGGCCAGGUGGCCAGCAGUCUGACAGUCCGGAAGGAUGGACCCAAUCAGGGCAGACCCUUCUUCUCGUGCCCCACGCGAGAAAAGUCCUGCGGUUUCUUCAAAUGGGGAGAUGAUGAGCAAAACCAAGGUGCCAGUAGCAGUUCUAGUUUCGCUUGGGGAUCAGGCAAUCGGAAUCCUCCUAGUCGUAGUCAACCUACGGCUUCCACAUCAGAUGCCCCAAAAUCACGUCGUUGUGGACUUUGUCGGAAGGAAGGACACACCCGAAACAAGUGUCCGCGCAAAAAUGACUUUGAUAUGUAGUUGCACAAGGCAUCUGGAGAGGUAUUUUUAUGUACAUUGUAUAUAAAGUUAAUAAAUAAGUUU